AAUAGCGAAUAUUACCAGAAAAAAAGAAAGAGAGAGAAAAUGCGAGCUAGAGAGAGAGAGAGAGGGGAAGAGAGGGAGAGUGAGUGACAGAGCAUGUUUUGAUUUACAGAGAGAUUCGAACGAUUAGAUUUUACACAAGAGCUUCGACGGACGGCGAUUCAAAGAAAGGAGAAUUUCAGUGCUCGAAUUUACAGCUCAUUUAAAUGUUGGAAGCUCCUUCGUUUCUGAUCUGCCGGGAGUUUCCAAGCUCCUGUGAGCAAGAGACCAUGUGGAUUCAUAAUACUUUCUGUGUACUUGAGCUCUCGAAGAAUAAGCGGCCAUCUGAAGGAGAAGAUCUCAGCUCUAGGAAGAUGCUGAAGACAUUAGAAUUCCACGGGAGAGAGAAACCAUCGGAAGAUCAAGAUUAUCUCUCUGUUGUGCCAAAUGAAAAUGAUAACCACCAUUAUGCAGGGGAUCAAUCAGAAUCCAGUGUACUUUUUAACCAACUUGGUCGAGAUGUCUCCAUUAACUGCCUCCUCCACUGCUCCAGAUCUGAUUACGGGGCUAUUGCGUCAUUGAAUCAAGGCUUCCGGUCCCUCAUUCGGAGUGGUGAGCUGUACAGGUUGAGGCGGAAAAUGGGAAUUGUUGAGCACUGGGUUUACUUCUCUUGCAACCUCCUGGAAUGGGAGGCUUUUGAUCCAAUUCGCCGCCGAUGGAUGCAGUUGCCCAAAAUGACUUCUAAUGAAUGUUUCAUGUGUUCAGACAAAGAGUCAUUGGCAGUUGGUAUGGAACUUCUUGUUUUUGGAAAGGAAAUAAUGGCCCCAGUUAUCUACAAAUAUAGCAUUUUGACGAACACGUGGUCCUCAGGUAUAAAUAUGAAUACUCCAAGAUGCUUAUUUGGUUCUGCCAGUCUAGGAGAAAUUGCGAUUCUUGCUGGCGGUUGUGAUCCAUGGGGCAAUAUUUUGAGCUCAGCAGAGCUUUACAAUGCUGACACUGGCUUGUGGGUGAAUCUUCCAAACAUGAAUAAACCAAGGAAAAUGUGUUCUGGAGUGUUUAUGGAAGGGAAAUUUUACGUGAUUGGUGGGAUCGGGGAAGGCAAUUCAAAGAUGCUUACAUGUGGUGAGGUUUAUGAUCUUAAGACAAGGAUGUGGCACGUGAUACCUAACAUGUUCCCCGGACGAAAUGGAGAGGCUGGGUCCACUGAAUCCUCUACUGCUGCUGAGGCACCUCCUUUGGUUGCCGUAGUAAAUAAUGAUCUCUAUGGAGCUGAUUAUGCACAAAAGGAGGUCCGGAGAUACAUCAAAGAACAGAAUGUCUGGGUCACAUUAGGAAGAUUGCCUGAGCGAGCGUUUUCAAUGAAUGGGUGGGGGCUUGCUUUUAAGGCAUGUGGAGAUCGGCUAAUUGUUCUAGGUGGACCGAGAACCUUAGGCGGAGGGAUGAUCGAGGUUAACUCUUGGAUUCCGAGUGACGGUGCUCCUCAGUGGAACCUACUUGCUAGCAAACCCUUAGGCAGCUUUGUGUAUAACUGUGCUGUCAUGGGAUGCUGAGGUGUCUAGUUUUGCGGAUGCCGUGGAAUCCUUCCUGUUGGGAUCAUCAACAACGGGGUCUAAAUGAAUUGAUGACCUGAAUAGGGGGUAAUCUCGACCUUCCUUUUGGGGAAAAUUCAGCAUUUAACGUCGAUCCAUAAAUACAAUUUAGAACAAAUUCCAGGGUUUUUUUCUUCCCUUUGAUUUUAUUUGUCUCUGUGGUUUCUUCCCCCCACCUUCCAACAAGCUUCUUGACUUCUUGUCUGAGAGUCUUCCUUUUGUUUGGUAUUUGAGAACUUUAAAGUCCCAUUUGUAGAACAAUUACUGGUGAAUAAUGAAAGCCCUGUACAAGUUUAGUUUGUUUUGAGUA